UGAAGUUGUCACUAGAAAAUGGCUAUCUCCAGUCAAGAUAUUUCAGAAGAGUUACAAGAACAUAUAACCAAGAUUCUACAGCCAAAGAAAGUAGAGUUUAUGAAGAAAGUGAAAUCAACAGUGAAGUGUAAAUCAGAAGAAAAAAUAUUGGCCUGUACAGCGUGGCGGGCGUUCUUAUUGCCCAACCGGAUUCCUACUAAGGUGGAAAGCUCCUUCAGCUACUUGGAAAUCAAUGUCAUUGAUGCUGCUGAUCACAGUCAGGUUGUCAUAGAAACGGAGAAAAGUUCAUACACUCUGAAACUUAUGUCGUUUGAAGAUCUCGAACAAGUAGUUACCCAUGUCACUGCAUCGCUCAAAAAAAUUUUUCCAGACUCAUCACCCAGGAAGUUACUCAAGAAGAAUUCUCCUGAGUUACAUGAAAGGAUCAAAGGAAUCACACUGGCAAUGGAGGAAGAGACUGGCUCUAACCUGGGACCAUGUGGUGGCUACUCAGAGAUGUACGCUGCAUUGUGUGAUUACAACGGAUUUCUCUUCAAAGAAGAGAUCCAGUGGGAUGUAGACACCAUCUACCAUAGUCAGAACACCAAGGAAUUUAACCUUCUAGACUUCAGCCACUUGGAUUCAAGAGAUAUCUCAUUGAGUGUGGCAGCCUUGGCAUUCAAUCAAUGGUUUACAAAACUUUUCUCCAAGGAUUUGCGACUGAGCCCUGAUGUGAUAGAACAGAUCUUGUAUGUAAUCAGUUUGUCCACCAAACUAGAGGAGCUGGUUUUAGAAAAUGCUGGAAUUAAGUUUGAUACCGCACAGAAAAUAGCACAGGCUUUAGAAGAGAAUGUGAAUCCAGCUCUUCACACAAUAAACCUAUCCAACAAUCAACUGGAGGACAAAGGAGUAUCAGCACUCAGCCAACAGUUUGAAAAGCUAGCCAAAGGCCUGAAGUCCAUCAACUUCUCCAGAACUUCGCUAGCGGCAAAAGGUCUUAACUCUUUGGCUCAGUCGUUAGUUGCUAAUGAAACCUUUGCAUCCUCUCUCGUUCACCUGGAUCUUUCUGGGAAUCCUGGGAUCUUAGCUGUUGAAGACAAUUGUAGUUUUUAUGCAUUCCUUGCUCGUCCAAAUGCACUGGUUCACCUGGACCUGGCUGGCACUGACUGUGCCCUCGACUCUCUUUUUGGAGCUCUGAAUCAAGGGUGUUGUACACAUCUGACCUCUCUGAUUCUCAACCGGAAUGUUAUUUCACACAAAAAAGCAAAGGAAAUCCCUUCUUCAAUGAAACGGUUCUUCAGCACCUGUUUAUCCUUGAAGUGUAUCACUCUGUCUGGUAUUAAGCUACCACUAGAAGCAGUAAGAGCCAUUCUUCAAGGCCUCGCCUGCAACACCCACAUCUGCGAUGUGCACUUGGACCUUAGUAACUGUGAGCUGAGAUCAGCAGGUGCUCAGGUGAUCCAGGAUCAUAUUAUUGACGCCAGUGCUAUCAGCAGUCUGGAUUUAUCGGACAACGGGUUUGACUCUGACAUGGUAACAUUGGUCUUAUCUAUUGGGAGAAGCAAAUCCAUCCGACACGUAGCACUUGGGAAAAAUUUCAGUAUAAAAUCAAAAGCUUUGGCAGAUGUUCUUCACAGGAUUGUUCAGCUUAUCCAGGAUGAAGAAUGUCCUCUCCAGUCACUGUCGGUUGCAGAUUCACGAUUAAAAUCUGGAGCAAAUGUUCUCAUUAAUGCUCUGGGCAGCAACACCUGCCUGAAAAAGGUUGAUAUCAGUGGAAAUGCCAUGGGAGACAUUGGAGCAAAGAUGCUGGCCAAAGCUUUGCAGAUUAAUACAACUCUUGAAACUGUGAUCUGGGACAGAAAUAAUACAACAGCAGUGGGAUUCCUGGAUGUUGCAAGGGCUCUAGAGAGGAAUUAUACUCUGAGGUCAAUGCCUUUGCCGAUGAGUGAUGUAUCCCAGGCUUGUCGUAACAACGCAGAGAAAACCGAAGAGGCUCUGCAGAAGGUGCAAUCUUACCUCCUUCGAAACAAUCAGAUGAAGAAAGUUUCUCCAGAGCAGGCUUUUCGACUACAGGAAAGAAUUGUAACAAGUUCCACACAACAAAUGGUGGACGGUAUGUGUGAAAAGGUGCAAGAAUAUUUGCACAUUAUUAAUAAUGGUUCUGAAAAAGAAAAGCAAGAAGAUAUAAUAUUUGCUGAAGAAAUCAUUAAGGAUGCCAAGACAUUAACCACACUUUUACCAGCUUUGUAUCAAAUGGGUAACACACCACCAUUCAUAAAGACAGUACAGGAAAAGCUGGAAUCAGCUGCUGAGGAGGUCUCAAAAGCUGUAACUGAGGAAAUCGAGACAAUUAUUCAGUCGCUGCUGAAAUCCACUGGUAUCCUCUGCCCCACUCUUCUACAGAAGGUCAACAUGAGGGAACAGCUCACCAACACCGUAUCUGACAAAAUAUUCAACCCCAAGAAUUUUGCAAGGAGCAUGAUUAUUGAUCAAACAGGAUUAGGGAUCAUGAACAAGCUCAGUGAAGUGAAGCUCCACGUCACUACUGCUUUGAUCAGUCAAAUUGUGGACCAUGUUCUGAAGGACCUCGCAAUUGCUCAACAGAAGCUUGCGUGUUAUGUAACAAAGCCACUAUGUGAAACAGACGCCAAUGUCACAAGUGUAGAAACUUUGGAGGAAGAAGGCAUCAGCAACAGAACUAAUGUUUCAUUGAAUAUCCCUGACGUCUUGGCUCCAAUUGAGAGUCUCUCUCUACUUCGUAGGAAGACAAUACACGCUAAUAGAAACAGGCCAACCACACUUUUGAAAAGCAUCUCAGACAUAGAGGUAGAGAGGCUGACGGAAGAAGAACCUGCUGCAACCCCGACAGAGUUACUGACAGUCGGUGUGUAUUCUGCCAAGUCACGCCCAGCCUCCACAGAAACAAGUGCUGUAAACGGCACCAGUACUGAGAAUGCUUUCACAGACAGCCUAGCCGAUCUGCCGACACAGGGGACGAGACUGCAGCACCGCACCCGGGAGAGACCGAGACCAAACCGCACCAGGAAGCUGCCUCCUUCCAAGCCUUCAGUGAAAUCUGUAGACCAGGAAAAGGGAGAGAACACAACCAAGCUGGAUGAUGGACUGGAAGAAUUCUUCAGGAAUAAGACAGUAUGUGAGGAAACCAGUGAACAUAACCAAGAAGCGAAGACCCGUUCCCUGGCGAAGUUGACUCAUCCAAAUGCACACCAAAUUGUGUUGCCGAAAUCCCAGCCUGCGAAGCAAGAGGAAGCAAGCACCUCAACAUCAAUCCUUUCAAAAACUAAAAAGAGAUGUACCAAAUUCAGUGACCUGUUUGUCUUCAAGAAAGGAAAGAUCAAUAAAAUGCAAAAGGCAGGGAGCGAUCCAGAGGAAAACCAACAGAAAAGCAAGAAGAUUUCAUCCUUGGAUUUCCUGAAACUGCACUGUAAAUCGGAUGAGAUACCUAGCCAAGCUAAACCACAGGAGGGCAGUGCUGAACGAAACGAGGAAGAGGAUUUUCGCAGACGGGAACCAUCAUCACGAGGGGUCAAAGCGCACUCAUUAAUUCUGCUGCCUGGGAACAGCAGUAAUUUAUCAGUUCAUCCUUUGGAAUUUAAUUCAGAUCUCAGUGACGGAAAGCUGCUGUUCCGAUCUGAGGAGCACAUACACCAGGCACUAGGUGUAAACAAUCUGAAGACAAUCCCCUCCGACCCCCAGAUGAAUCUGGGUAUAAAAUCAGAGUUAGAAUUAACCAACUUUAAAGGAAUAGCUGGAGAAAACAAACCACAGCCUCCACCUCAGUCUCUUAAACGUGUUGUGCAAGCCAAUAUAGCCAAGUCCUGUGCAAGUCAAAAAGCAGACAAAGGGAAUUUUGAAGGACAACUAUCCUCAGAAGCCAAGAAUGCAGAUUUUGGUGGUGAAGAAACAACUCAAAAGCAAGAAAUUACAUCAGGAAGGAACCAGAAAAUUCUGCUCCCUCCUCCUCGAACAAAACCCCUGCAAAAACGUAAUACAGAACAGAAUGUAAAUCCUGUUCCACUUCCCAGAAAGCUCAUUGCAUCACAAAGCAGUUUAACUCUCAAUGAAGCUCGCAGCCCUGAAAUUUGUGUAACAUCAAAAUCUGGAGAUAAAAAUGAAAGCCAUACUGCAGAACAGUUAUCUCAGAAAUCAACAGAUGCGGAGGGAAUAAGCCAUCAGUUUUAGAGGAAAAUCUCCAUUGAUCAUUGUUGAUGGACUAAAAUCAACGUGUACAUUUAUCAGUAAAACACUGAAAUAAAAAUGGGCUGCAUCAGGGAGAAGCCAGUCCAGUUUAUCUACUCAAAACAUCUGUUAAAAAGAAUUUCAGUAGAAAAUUUUCAUUUGACAGCUGUAUAUUUUUGAUACAAUUUGUAUGAAAUGUGGAUUUAAAAUACACAAUUCACAUUUGUAGAUAUGAUUGACUAAAGUAUAGGAUCAUCUUCAGCUCAAAGUGUCAAGAUGAUCAUUUAUCUUAACCUCUUGAGGUCCCUAAAAUCACAAAAGCCAGCAUUCAUUCCAUGUGUUAUCGAACAGCUGUGGACAUUGCCAGAACCCAUUCAAUACCUUAACUUUACUGCAGAAUCUGUGUUUGAGAACCAGCUAUUCAAUUACAGUUCCCACCACCAUUGUAUAAUUUGCCUGGAUUAAAUGCUACUCAGGUAACUAGUGCCAUUAGCUUUCUCCCAAACAAAAUGACAGAUAUUAAUAGUCUAGUUCUGCUAGGAUCACACUCCAGCAACAGUUCCAGAAAUGGCCUGAAGUGCUCUUAACUGGAGUUAAAGGAGCAGCUAUACAAGUAGCAAGGCAUGCACACUGGGGUUGAUCAAGUGGCAGGCAGUCAUUAAAAUUCUGACCACCUCCCCGUAACCAUUAACCAAAGGGAACAUGUUAACAGAAAAGAGUAAUUAUCCUGUAGAGAUCUACAAUCUAUGAUGCACAAAUUAUGGAUGCAAUAGAACACUCCUCUUGUGCUCCAAUGAUACACAAGAAAUUUGACACCAUUCCAGUAUGAAACUUUGUUAUCAGUAUCCUAUCCUCCAGUGCCUCCACAUGACUGUAGUGCAUAUCUGCCACGUGCUGCAGCAACCUCAGUGACCUCCUGAAUCAGCAACUUUUAUAAUCUACAAUGACAACUGCAGCAGGUACACAGAAACAUCAUUAUGAUUUGGAAAUAGACUGCAGUUCCUAGGAGUAGGCACGUUAAUGUUGGCUCAAAUAGCACCACCCACAUUCAGGCCCCAAAUUAAGAGAAAAACAAUCGGCAUCAUUUCCAUUCGCAGCUUGUUUACAUUUCAUAGUCUGCUUUCAAUCCCACAGAAUGAAUGCAGGAACAAUGAUUAGAUUAACUACUGUUUCAUCAUGACACUCCUCAGUUUAUAGUUUGGGUAGCUCUACAGAUGAGAAAAGUGGAUAUUCAUAUCUCUGUGUUUACUGACUUGUUUUAAGAGUACCUAAUAUAAAGCAGUCCAAGAAAAGAAGAAAGUAUUCAACAUACAUGGAUGUGCAUGACCAUUUUUUUUCUUAAAUGCAAGGAGGAGGGUUAAGUGGACUGUGAAAUGGCUUGUGGCUCACUUGUUAAAUUUUGUUUGAUUACAUUCCUUUAAACUACCUUGUGACAUUUUGAUAUUCUGAAAAUGUUAUGUAAAUUCAUUCUUUAAGUUACUGAUGUGAAAUCACACAUUGAUAAUAUUCCAGACAUCUUAAGAUAUUGU